AAGGCUAUAUAGGACUGCUCACAGACCCCGAACCACCCGUAUAAACUGACGCGACCCGAUCAUCUCCGACAUUCAGGCGUUCCCAGGAACCAGCCACUUCGCUCUCGCUUCACCUACGCCGGCAAUGAUGACAAACUUUCGCACGUGUUCGUGAUGCAACGCUCUUGGUGACACGCUUCUUUCGGAUAUGCAUUUCCCGUUGAAGUUUCACUCGCUACAAGCUUGGAUCGAGAGAUGAAACCUGGCCAUUGAAGUGUUCCCGGCACUUGAUUUUAAUUAGGCAGCUGGAAGCGAUUGAGUCGGCGUGAAGCGCUGAACUACCAAGGAACGUUCUUCAUACCAACGAACGUGUUCCAGUAGACGUGACUGAACGUAGCAGUUUGAAGCCAUGAAGGUGACGCGUGUACUAGUCCUGUGCGCCACAGUGUGCUCCGUAGCCAUACCAUGUGCGCGUGCAGUCACCGAAAACUCAUCGCCAGGGGUAAUAGACAAAGUGAAGGCAUUCGUUGGCAAGAUGUUGAACAGCAAAGACAGUGCUCUAACUCAGCGACUACUUGAGGCAGAUAUUUCGACUUCCUGCACGGUCGGCCUCUUGAAGUUGAUGCGCGGCAUCCGAAACUUAGACCCGUGGGUAAUAAGAAUGUUCGACGCUUCCGGCAAGUAUCCUACAGGCCUCUUCCAAGGAACUUUGGCAGACCUGGGGGCGUUCGACGAGUGCGUCGAGACCCUCGUGCGCGACGAUUUCGGCAACGAGAAGAUUCGGGGCCAGUACUGCAACAUGUACAUUCCUAUGACCAACGACACGCAGCCCGUGGAGUACGUAGCACCGGCUCUUCUCAUGUCGCACCCGAGGAUAGUGGAGUUCACUAUUGGCAGUUCACACGCAUCAAUGAUCCAAGGUGCCCGUAUAGGCAUCUGCUUCAUCAGUGACUGCAACGAGGAAGACAUUCAGGCUGUCAUCAAUGCGAUGCUCGGAGGCUUGCUCGACAUAAAAGUCAAGGAUUGCGUCACCAACGAACCAAAGCCCUGGACAACCACAGAGAUCUCAAUUGUGGCUUUCUUGGGCGUCCUUGCGAUAGUGAUCGCCACUAGUAGCACCUUUGACUACUACUUAACCAACAAACAAAUCAAGAAAGGACCUUUACAGAGAGCACUGUGUGCUUUUUCAUUAGAAGCAAAUAUACAGCUGUUGUUGAACGUAGAAAAUGGUAAAGAAUCGGAAGCCAGCACCUACAGGUUUCUUCAUGGCAUACGUAUCUUGGCCAUAUUCUCAAUUGUUUUUGGUCAUUCAUACAGCUUCUUCGACCACUUAGCUAUGGCCAGAACAAUCAACAUUCUUCGUUUUGCCGACAAUCUGGGAUUCAGCUUCAUUAUAGCGGGCUACUGGAGCGUGGACGUCUUCUUCUUCCUCAGCGGAUUCCUAAUGGUGUACAACAUUGAUAAAUUAUCGAGGACGCGCAUAAACCGAUUUUAUAUCUGGAUUGUAGCAAUCAUCCGCCGACAUUUAAGAACUACCACCCCGGUGUUUUUUGUCCUCAUGUGCUGUCAUCUGGGACCAGUGGUCGCAUCCGGUCCUAACCUAAAGCCAUUGAUGGAGAAAAUUUAUGAUGAGUUCAGUAGGGAGUGGUGGCGAAUUUUGCUGCAAGUUCGAAAUGUCGGUGACCGUACGAAACAGGAAUUUCUAGGCUUGCUGUGGUUUAUAUCAGUGGACUUCCAACUCUUCAUGGUCGGAAUGCCAUUGGUGUUGAUACUUAAACGUUACCACUGGGGCAAAAUCGCAGCCUUUGGCAUAUUGGGGACCAUAAGUUCGGUCAUAGCCGCAGGGCAGUUGCAUGGUACCAAUUAUCCCCCCUUUAUGAUGCCCAUCAUCAGCGACAUUAGCAUAGCGAACAGCUACUACUACGACGUUUACGUGUGGCCUUUCCACCACGGAAUGUGCUAUUUCGCGGGCUGCAUAGUUUGCUUGCUCAUCCAGAGAUACCGCCAAGUAAAGAUUUCAAAGCUGAAACAGUUUUCCAUGUGGUGCCUGUGUGCAACCUGUGGGCUCACGUGCCUAUUUAUCAAGUAUGACUGGUGCCGCGGCCGCAACCCAACUGAGGAAUGGGUCACCCUUCUGGUGUCCAUCGCCAAUGGCUUCUGCUGCGCCGCAUUCCUAGCCUGGCUGGUAUUCGCCUGUGCUACUGGCAGAGGAGGCCUGGUGUCGAGACUUCUGUCCUGGAAGGCGCUGGUUCCUCUGAGUCGUCUUUCGUUCGGCAUCUACUGCAUCCACGUGCCCCUAUACUACUUCAUCUUCGCCCUGGCCCGUGAGAGGACAUUCAUAGCAAACUUUACAAUGGUGCUGCUGUCGCUUGGAGUCUUCGUGCUGAGCGGCAUGCUCAGCUUCUUCGUGUUCGUAGCCUGUGAAGCUCCGGUAGGUCGACUGGAAAAGCAGGUCCUGAUGCCCUCCAGCCUACAACACAAGGAUCUCAACGAACGCAAAGUAGCGCCGGUGAACGGCGCAGCACACAACGGCGCUCCGGCCGAAAUGGUUCCUACGUGGAUAGGCAGCGACCAAAAGCACCUGGAAGCGGUUAUAUCCAUUGCUGACAACAGCCGCUUGUGAAACAUUUGUUUGCUACGCCUGCGGUCGUAGCAUGUGUUUGCUACACAUGCUACGACCGCAUGUUCCUGCAUUUUGCGUAGUAUUUAUGAAGCGUAGUAACUACGGCGUCCUACUUUUCAGAAACGGAAUGCGCAGCAGCUUAACAUCUGAAUAAAUAUUCAGACUUUGCCUUUACUAACACGACAGAAACCACUCAGACCUAUCAAAAUUCUAAAUCACAGAAACAACGGUUGUGAGAAUUGAGUUCCAGUAGCAAAUUUUUUGUUUCACAUUUCACUUCCCUCUACUCGAUCAAGCUUUCUGGUCGCCAUUUCUCAGCACACUGUAAGGUAACCGCCACUGAUCUACGUUGUUAGAAAAAGAUGGGUAUGACACCGUUUAUUUGCACACCAAAUAGCUCUGCAGUGUCAUCAUACUACCUGUUGUCUUAAAGCCAUACCUGGUCAUUCCUCUGUGAAAGUACAUUUUAUGUUGUUACGCAGGAUUGCAAUUGAUAAACAGAGGCUGCUAUAAAUACUCAAAAAAGUUCGCACGGCAUGAUACAUGUAAGUUAUUAAGGUCAUAGUAUAUACAACAUACGUUAAAGCUCUAAUCAAUACUCUCGUAACAGCACAUAACGCGGGUAUCCUGUGUGUUAUUCAGAUACAGCUUUUCAGCUGACGACAACACAUUACGAAUUAGCAUCGCUAAACUCAUGUGUCUAAUCAAGUUGUUGGACACUAUGAAGGCAACCUGUAAUAUUCGCCUCUGACAUAACCGGAAAACAAAACAAAACAAACAAACUCAAAGAAACAAAUAAGCAAACAAAAGCAUCCUUGCGCCAUAGAAGUAUCCAAUCAAGUUUGUGUCGUUCUUUGUGACUGAUUCAACUGACCCCUUUAAGACGAGGGUAUUUCUAGCCUAGAGAACAUAGUGCGGGGAACUGGUUCAUUAACUUUUCUAUGCAUCGAUGGAGCUUUAAUCGCAGUUGGUUCUUAACAUAUUACUAGGCUGAAGUUGCCUGAGCCACAGAGGGAAGUGUGCCCUCUUAAUAUUUUCCGUGCAUCAUCCGUGUCAAAAUAGCCCGCCGACUAUAACAGCACCAUACCAAGUGCAGUUAUCACCUUCGCUGGACGGCAUCUCUCUAAUACAGAAUGCUUAUGAAAUCAAUGAGCUUGAAAUGCUAUAGCAAAAUAAAUGCAAGAAAAUAUCACAGUGCACGUUCGGGCCCGUGCAUGGGCCAUGCUAAGUGAACAGUCUGAAGAACAUGAAGUGUGUGAUUUACAUUCCGUCCGUCUUUCUCUUUCGCGCUGUGGAUUCAGGACCGCAACAUCGUUCUUGUAGAGCUCAUCGGUACAGAUGAAAUGGCAAUAAAAACAGCUAUAUAUAUAUAUAUAUAUAUAUAUAUAUAUUAAAUCUACUUUUUGUGCUCCUUUAUCUAUGCAAACAAUUUAAAACAUCGGGUUAAUAAAUCGAUGAAUUUGUAGGCUGCCAAUUAUUCCAAUUAACCUAUUUACAUGACAAGUUAACAACUCGCCCAGUUGACAAUCUUUCUGCUCUAAGUUUCUUUUUUUUUAACCUGCGUCUGGCCUUGAACGGUGGUAUAAUAAUUGUGCGUUAGUGCUGUAUGGUGUGCAUGUGAAACAAAUUUGGUAAUGCUAAACACGGCGCUGUAGUCUACAAUCGUAUUUUUUAUUUUACUUCUUUACAGAUACUGCAGGCCCUUUCCGGGGGCCCAAGCAGGAGUGGGUACAUGAGUAUGGAAACAGUACAAAGCAUAAAAACUAAUAAAGACAAAUACAAUCAUUGAAGAAAUGCUAACACUGUAGAAGUAGUAUUUAUACUACAAAGAAACGAGAUAGGAAAACAGUGAAAAAGAAAGAAAAAACACUCAACUGGUCGGGAAUGUGAACUACUACAUGUCAGAAAAUGUGAUUGUCUCUAUGUUUUUCACAAAUGAAUCAAGGGUCGCGCAAUUCGCUACAGUGCCCGGUAAUUUGUUCAAAUAAAGUAUGGCCUGCGGGAAUAACGAAUAUUUAUGAGAAUUUACUCUACUAAAUGGUUGGCGGAUGGUUUUACAGGGGUUAGUUCUGUUCGAGUGCUUAGAAGGGUCUUGUAAGUAGCGGGAGCAAUGAAUUUUAUAAUGCCCAUGGUGGAGAAGAUAUAUAAAUUUAAGUUUAGAAAUCAUUCUGCGGUUUCUUAAAGGUUGAUUUUACUAGACUAGCUGCAGCUACUGUAUCGUGAGUAGUCCGAGUAGAUAGAUGAAGCGUGCUGCUAAUUUCUGGAUAUAUUAUUGAUUUGGUCAGUUAAGUAUUUUUGAAAUGGGUCCCAUAUUAUGGCUGCAUAUUCUAAUACUGGUCUUACAAGUGUUUUGUAGGUAUUUAGUUUAACUGAUGAUGGUGCGUCACGCAGUCGUCUUUUCAGGAAGGACAAUUUUCUAAGGGCUCGCUCACAAAUUGAAGUAAUGUGUGGUUCCCAGUUUAGACUACUUGUCAGUGUGACUCCUAAAUAUUUGACCUCAUCGUACAUAGAGAUUUCUGUUCCGUCCGAUUUGUAUGUGAAGUUAUAGGGUUCUUUUUUAUUGGUGACAUUAAUACAUUUUGUUUUAUUGACGUUCAGAUUCAUGCCUGAUUUCAAGCUCCACGCUUGUAUGUUUGUUAGAAAAUUUUGAAGUCUAAUUUGAUCAUCCGGAUUGUUUACAGUUGUGUACACUACACAGUCGUCUGCAAAAAACGCAUCUGUAUGGGUGAUUGAAUGCAAAAUUGUAUAUCAUUGAUGUAAAGAAGGAAUAAGAUGGGUGCUAGAACCGAGUCUUGCGGUACUCCUGAGUAGACGUCUAAAUAUUCUGAAACACUGUUGUUUAUGACAACGCACUGUUUUCGGUGUUGAAAGAAGCGGGAGAUUCAUUAUAUAAUUUUGCUGUCGAUUCUGAAGGCUGCAAGUUUUGUAAUUAAGUCAUGAUGCGGAACUAAGUAAAAAGCUUUCGAGAAGUCAAGGAAGACUUCGUCAAUCUGAGCCCCUUUGUUAAUUGCAUCAAAUAAAUGAUGGGUUAUCUCCGCAAUUUGUGUUGUGGUUGAGAGACCUGAUCGGAAGCCACGUUGUUGACUGAAAAGGAGAUUGUUAGUUUCCAGGUGAGUUAUAAUAGCUUUAAAAAUGAUAUGUUCGAAUGAUUUACAACACGUACUUGUCAAUGAGAAGGGUCGAUACUUGUUAAGUUCGAGUUUAGAGCCAGACUUGUGUAUUCUAAUAAUUUUUGCAUGUUGCCAGUCUUGUGAAAUUUCUAAUGUUUCUAAGGAUGUUUCAUAAAUUUUAUGCGAAUAGAAUGCACUGCGUUAGCAUAUGAGUUCAAAAAGGCGCUUGAAAUAUCAUCGGGACCGGAGGAUUUCUUCACAUCGAGGUUUCGUAAGAGACAUAAAACACCCUCUUGAGUUAUAUUUAAGCUAGGCAUUGCUUGUUCGAACGAGUUAGGAGAUAUCGAAGUGUUUGUAACUUCCCUUGCAAAGACAGACUGGAAAAAGGUGUUAAAUGCUGUGGCAAUGGAUUCGGGAUCCGUGAAUCUUUCGUUUGAAGAAAUAAUUUGUGUUAUGCAAGGUUUUCCGUUAGAUAGGUAUGGUCAAAACUUAUGUGGAUUGUUGUGCAUAAACGAUGGAAGGGUAGUGUCAUGAAAUGGGGAUUUGGCUUCUCGAACUUUUUCGUGCAUGCUGUUGAUAAGGCUGUCGAGAUAAUGCGUCACGCCUGCUUUGCGCCUGCGCUUAAUUUUUUCAGUUGAAUUAUAUCACGUGUGACACAGGGAUAAUGCCUGUUAGUGCGUUUUUUACGAGACGGAAUAAAAUUUCUUUCACAGAAGUAUACAAGAUUCUUAAAUUGUGACCACAUUUGGUGUACGUCAUUUGUAGCGUUAAGUUCAGCGAGGUUGGAUUCCAAAGCGCCUAGCACCGCAUCAUCGUCCGCGCGUGCGUAGUCCUUGACAUAGACAAACGACUGUUUGAGAGGCGCGCGUGUUGUUUCCUAUGCAGAGAAUGUGAACGCCGCUAGCCUGAUCCUUGCCGCUCUUCUGGACCAAUGCAACCUUUGCCGUGCCCUUCGCGACCCUUUGGCAGGGUUGGAAUAGACCUAUAUGUAUACACAGCUGCUGGCAAUCGCUGGGUCAUUGUAGCUAUAGACCACCUCGCGCGGUAUGCAGAAAUGGCCGCUCUACCAGCCGCGACGGCUCGUGACGUUGCCUCCUUCCUGCUUCAACGCUUCGUUCUACGUCACGGCGCUCCCCGCGAACACCUGAGCGAUCGAGGCCGCGUCUUUCUCGCCGAUGUCAUUCAAAAACUUCUCACUGAAUUCCGCAUUAUUCAUCACUGUACCACCGCAUAUCACCCGCAAACAAAUGGAUUGACAGAGCGCUUUAACCGAACUCUUGGCGACAUGCUUUCGAUGUAUGUCAACUCCAACCACACCAACUGGGACCUCAUCCUUCCCUAUGUCACGUACGCCUACAAUACGGCACCCCAGGCAACGACGGGCUUUUCUUCCUUCUUUCUUCUAUAUGGCCGAGAACCGUCAUUUCCCAUUGACACUAUUCUUCCUUACCGUCCCGACUUAUCAGAGGGUACACCGGUUUCCGAAGCCGCCCGGUAUGCAGAAGAAUGUCGGGCAACUAGCUCGAUCCCCUACAACGCAAGAAGAAGCGCUACAGAAAUUUCGUCAUGAUGACGGGCGCGUCGUCAGGUUUAGCCAGGCGCCCCAGGAACAGCGUCGAGCCCGAGCCCCACUUCAGUAGCGCUGGCGAUCCGGCUGCGGAACUCUGCACGGCGCACUUCUUCCUUACACUUAUUACGUCUUAUUACGCAAGGUUAGUCAAAUAGGCUGUUUAUAACCUAAUUAUAACUAUAGUAUUUACUACUUAGGAAUUCUAAAUUUCCUAGGGCGUAUGGAAAGUUACGGUAGACGUAAAGAUUAUGAAAAUAAUUGCUUUUGGGGACGUGUAGAAAAUGUGUGAAAAUUAAAAGGUUGGAUAAAAUAAUUUCUUAACGCGCUCGCGUUAAGGGCCCCAUGUCGCAGAAAAUCCGGCAUUGGUUUCGGCGUCGUCGUUAAGCAUCGGCGUCUGGCGGAAAUAAUCAUGCCGAACCACACCAUCCCGAUCCACCCCGACCACACAGGCCCUCCACGUGGCGCAAGGCAUUCGUGAACAAAAACUACAUUUCUAUAAAAUCCGUCAGAAAAAUUGUAAGGUGCAACUUAACCAAAACCAGCAGGCAUGAUAGCGUCGGAUUGCAAUUUGAAUAUACGAGAAAAAAGCCUGAUAAGCAGCCAGGGAUCUUUGAAGCUAUCGCGUUCCACUCUUAAAGGCGAAGCUUAAGCGUGCUCUAAUUCUGAUGGUGUUUCGCUGUACUUUGGUUCUAGCAACAUUGAGGGGAAUGUUGAAAACCAAGCCGUUCUAAAUUUUGGACAUGGGCGCACCUCGGGGAAACAGCAAACAAUUAAUAAAAUAUAAAAAAAGGUCCUAGUGCCUUCACUUUUUCAUAUAAGACGGUUUAAAUUGCUCCUGUAAAAAUGUCUUCCCAGCAAUGAAUUUGUGUUUAAAAGUGAAGCCGACUUUAGGGGGAUCAGCGUAAGCUUGGUAUUUGUAUGCUGGCUUUCCCACGUUCUGCAUUGCAGUGAAGCCUGCUCAGAAAGAAAAUGUGAUGCGAACGGAGCCCGAUAACGCUAUCGCGUUCCUCUCUUAAAGGCGAAGCUUAAGCAUCCUCCAAUUUUUAUUUAAAUGAUUAAUAGGAGAGGUUGGCGCCUUUAUGGCGGCUCCGGCUACUCCUUGUGAAUUAGCAAAGGAAACAAAUAUGCGCAAAAAGAGGAAAUAAUGUCACAAAAUAUGGCACUCAGUAUAGCACCAGCUGUAUAAACGCAAUACAGUCCAACAUUACAUAACUUUAUUUAUUUACUGGAGCAAACUAUUACUAAAUCUUUCAGGGAAGGCUUUCAGGGGUCAUAUUAAACACCGAACUACUUUGAUUUGGUCAAGAUAUAAUAAAUUUAUUUAUUAACAAAAUGUACUAAUUAAUUUUUAAAUUACGACUCUGGGGACCUGCUGUAAUUGCAACUCUGAAGCAUGCUUAUUUUUCAUUAAUUAUGUUUCAAUAAAAUAAUUAUUUACAUUAACUAAAAGCCAUGGCCAAAAUACCUCGCAUUUGCUAGAAAUCAUCUAACUAUAACAGUUCUGAUAGAGCCGUUCGGAAAGAUGCUGCUCCAGUUAAAAUUUUUGACUGAUUAUAACAUAUUACAUUCAUGACUGAUUAUAACAUAUUGACCUUAACGUUUGCGGCCGCGAAUGUUGUUUUGUCCAGAGUCUUUUGUGACAGUUCUGCUGCUUUUAAUAAUCGCUCAAAAUAUCAUGUAGAUAUUAGAUAUCGCAUAUUUUCAUCUCCAAACCCUAAAACAAAAACGGAAAUGUGGCCCGAAAUUCGCCAAGGCCAAUGCAAUAAUCAAGAAUGCUCAAAGUAAGAGAAUAAAUGUUAGGAGUGCUCGCGGAACAUCGUUUACGCUUCUUUCUUAUGGGUACAUUCUGAUAUUGAUAGAUGCACUGAAAUACAGAAACGUCAAGCUGGCGCCAUCUGACAUUUAAAGCCAGCGUCUGCAGUAGUAACGGGUGUUAGUGUGUGUGUUUACUUACGACAGCGCCGUCUCAACCAACAUCCUUGUUAUUCUCAAUGUGUGUGAACUUUGUGUGUUUAUUGUGAACUGCUGUGCUAGGGUUAGCUGUGCUGUUGCUGUGAAAUAUAACUAUGGACUUAACCGAACGCACUGGCUCGUGUCAGGUGCCUUGUGUAGCGUGCACUUGCCAGCGUUACGGAGCGUUGGCCGUUGGCGACCGAGUACACCGAGACAGCGUUUCGAGCGCCUCAAACUGGCAUGCGGCACCUGUCGACAGAGAACGUAAGCGCUGAGACUGCAGCUCCUGCCGCUGGCGAAGUGGGUAGUUACAUUUGCUGUCGACAGGUGACGUUGUCCUAUAGCGGCCAAGGUAAGCCGACCAAGGCCAACGAAGUGGGCCGACGCUCCCCUGCGGCCAGACAUUUCGCGUGCGGCGCACUCCCACCUUCCGGUUUAGUCUGUGUGACAACGGCGUACGCACAUCGCUCGGUGAAUGCUCAGAGAGAUGCAUCUUUAUCAGCUCUCCAGUUUUUCAUGUCUUGCAUGUAGGAGGCAAUAAGAGUUGCUGGUUUUAUUGCCUUUACUUUCAUGAAAUGAGAGGCUCUUCAAGUCAUCUUUCUUUAUAUUUAUGGAAAGCUCGUCGGACGACUUUGCCCCUCAUGGUUCGUUGUUUAUUAUUAUUUUUUUAAUCACUGAACGUGCCUCAUGCUCAGGUCCGCCGAUCGUGGCCCUCUGCCAUUAUAUCUCACCGCCAUGAUUGUGUUUUGGGGCAUGUAUAUUCUCAUCAAGAAAUAAACAACCGUUGAAACCGUGA